CUGCCGGCGCAAAGCACUGCGCUAAGCCGGAGACCAGCGCGCGCGCGCAGCCCAGCCUCCCCUAGCGAAGGCAGGCAGGACCACGCCAAGCCGUGCGUGCGUGCGUGCACGCGUGCGCGCGUGUAUGACUACGUCUGUGUAUAUGUGAUUUUUUUGGGGGUUUUUUUUUUUUCGUUGUUUUUUUGGAUUUCCGCAUUGAUUGACUCUGCUCCUCGGUCCAGCGGGAGGCGGCAGGAGAUGAUGGACGGGCUGCGAUGGUGGAUUUCCCUCUCGUGCGUCUGCGGACUGGUGCAUGUUGGUCACCCGAGCGACCCGGAUCCGCCGCACGGAGACGCCUCGUCGAGCGCCAAGGCUCUUCGUGAUGCGAGCAGGUUGGCCGGCAGGGAGGACACCGUCCCCCUCCGCCUGCUCCGCAGCAGACUCCACCGCGGCCGCGUCGCGCGCGACGCGCUCGACACACGGAUCAGAGCCGGUCCCGGUUCGACUCAGGUAACCCACGUGGCCCAGGCCAGCUUUCAAGUUGAUGCUUUUGGUAGAGCGUUCAUCCUGGACGUGGAACUCAAUCAUGACCUCCUGUCGUCGACGUACAUGGAGAGACGGGUGUCUGAAAAAGGGAAGGCCGUCGUCACCAAAGGAGGGGAACAUUGUUACUAUCAAGGAAAGGUCAGGGACAACUCCGACUCCUUCGUGGCGCUCUCCACCUGCCAUGGACUACACGGGAUGUUUUUCGACGGGAAUCACACCUACAUGAUUGAGCCUGGAGGACGGGGGAACGACAGUGAAGAUGUCCAGAUACAUAUGAUAUACAAAUCUGCUGGCCAUGACGGACUUCCUGAUGUCUUCAAUGAUGAUCUGCCAGAGCCACCGUUCCCCAGUCCCCCAUUUCCUGGGUCAAAGGUUAUUCACAGAAGAAGAAAAAGACAGGCUUCACACGGGUCACCCAGCGUUGAGGAUGAAACCAAGUACAUCGAGCUCAUGGUGAUCAAUGACCAUCUAAUGUAUAAAAAGCAUCGGCUUUCCGUUGGACAGACGAAUAACUAUGCUAAGUCGGUGGUCAAUAUGGCUGACAUGAUCUUCAAAGAACAGCUCAACACCCGCAUUGUGUUGGUCGCCAUGGAAACGUGGGCGGCUGACAACAGGUUCAACAUUGACGAUGACCCCAUGGUUACUCUGAGGGAGUUCAUGAAGUAUCGCAGGGACUUCAUAAAGGAGAAGUGUGACUCCGUCCACCUCUUUUCAGGGAACCGUUUCCAUAGCAGCUGGGGAGGAGCUUCCUACAUGGGCGGAGUUUGCUCCCUCACUAAAGGAGGGGGGGUUAACGAGUAUGGUAAAACUGAUGAGAUGGCCAUAACCCUGGCCCAGUCUCUCGGACAGAAUAUUGGCAUCUUCUCUGACAAGAAGAGGAUCCUCAACGGCGAGUGCAAGUGUGACGACCGCUGGUCAGGCUGUAUCAUGGAUGAUGUUGGCUUCUACCUGCCCAAGAGGUUCUCCGACUGCAACGUGGAGGAGUACCACAACUUCCUCCACAGUGGCGGUGGGGCCUGUCUGUUCAACAAGCCCCUCAAGCUGUUGGACCCUCCAGAAUGCGGUAACGGUUUCGUGGAGCUGGGAGAAGAGUGCGACUGUGGCAGCCCAUCUGAGUGUGCAAGAGAAGGAGAGAACUGCUGCAGUAAGUGCACCCUGACCCAGGGCUCCGAGUGCAGCAAUGGACUCUGCUGCAAGAACUGCCAGAUGGAGUUCAUGGGUGUGAUGUGCAGAGGCGUGAAUGACUGUGACAUCCCAGAGAACUGCGCAGGGCAACUCCAGCCAGUGUCCCCAAAUGUACACAAGAUGGAUGGCUACACCUGUGAAAAGGACCAGGGCCGAUGCUUCAAUGGACGGUGCAAGACAAAAGACAGGCAGUGCAAGUACAUCUGGGGAGAGAAGGCAACGGCGGCUGACAAGUUUUGCUACGAGAAGCUCAACAUCGAAGGGACAGAGAAGGGAAACUGCGGAAAGGACAAGGACACCUUUAUCCAGUGUAACAAACAAGAUGUGCAUUGUGGGUACCUGUUGUGCUCCAACAUCUCGCCAGCGCCGCGACUGGGCGAGCUCCAGGGAGGGCUGACGUCUUUCUCUGUUGCCCAGCAUAGCGCGUCUCUGGACUGCAGCGGCGGCCAUGUGAUGAUUGACGGAGACACUGACCUGGGCUACGUUGAAGAUGGGACGGCGUGCGAGACCGACAGGAUCUGUUUCAAUCACAAGUGUCUCCCCAUCCAGCAGUUCAACUUCAGCACCUGCCCCGGCACCACCGACAAAACCAUCUGCUCUGGACACGGGGUGUGCAGUAAUGUGAAGUGUGUGUGUCAUCUGGGUUGGGCAGGAGAUGACUGUAACUCAACAUCGCCUCUCAGUUACUUGGUGGUGGGACCCACCGCGUCCGUUUCAGGUAUCGCCAGCACCAACAUCAUCAUUGGGGCCAUUGCAGGCUCCAUCCUUUUCCUCGCACUCAUAUUGGCCAUCGCAGCUUGGGGCUACAAAAGCUACCGGCAGAGGCGCUACGUGGAGUCUGAAGUUCACAGGAGAUUCUGUCGGCAAAUGCCGCCGGGGGAUUAUGUGAAGAAGCCGGGGGACGCGGACUCCUUCUACAGCGACAUGCCCCCCGGCGUCAGCACCAACUCCGGCUGCAGCUCCAAGAAGAGGUCUGGCUGCAUGUCACACCUGCAGAAUUACACCCACUCCUUCACUCACUCCAUCCCCUCCAUCUCCCAGAACAUCUCGCUGUUUGUAUUCAGGUCUAACGGCCUGUCCCACUCGUGGAGUGAGAGAAUCCCCGACGCAAAACACAUCUCUGACAUCUGUGAAAACGGGCGGCCGAGGAGCAACUCCUGGGAAGGAAAUCUGAGUGGCCAUCGCAAGAAGCUGAAAGGGAAGAACCGCCGCGCUCGCUCCAACUCCACAGAGUAUUUAACCCCUCGCUUCAAAACAGAGUAUUAUGAUGUAACUAAAUGGGUAGAAGAUGUGAAUAGAAACACUCAAGGACCUUACAUUAGGACGUUGUCCCCUGCCAAGUCGCCCACCUCCUCCACGGGCUCGAUUGCCUCCAGUCGGAGAUACCCUUACCCAAUGCCCCCUCUCCCUGAUGACCAGAGAAAAGCCAACAGGCAGAGUGCCAGGCUGUGGGAGACCUCAAUAUAACAGCCCUCUCGUCGACUCUGCAGGAGAACGACUGUACGCUUUUCUCUCCUUUUCUAUGAACGGGAAAAAUCACAAAGUGAAGCAAAAUUGACACUAUGCGACGGAAGCUGCGAGAGGCGACCCACCGGAGGGCAGAAGAGGUGGGGGGUGUGUGUGUCAGUUAGGGGGCCUUCGAACCGGACUCGCUCAAACGGCGUUCCGACAUUGGACCUCCUUUAAAAAAAAAAAAAUUUACAGGAGGAAUGCCCGCUCAGAUCUCAGUUCCAGAACCACUCCAGACCCGGCUGGAGCUCAGACUCGGACUGAGCUGCUCCCGACUGCUCAGGCCUCGCCUACAGGACAAGAAACAACCCUCUUCCCCCCCAAAAUACUCCACCCUCAACC